AUGAAGAAGCUGAAAGAAAAAGAGAACGAAGAGAACCAGGAGCCCAAGAAAGUAGAAAAGCAGAACUUGGCUGAGAAGAAGUCAAAUCUUGAGGAGGAGUUAAAAAAGAGAAAUGAGGAUCAGAGAAGCAUUGAUCAGCAGAUUGAAGCAUUAAUGAAGAUGUCAGAGGAACUGAAAGAGCAGGAAAAACGUCUCACUGAUCAAAGAGAAGAGGCAGAGAAAAUGGCUGAAGAGAUCGACAAGAAGCUUAAGGCAGUUGUUGGUGAAGUGGAAAACCAGAAGUUUACCAAGACAGAAAGGAAAGCACAAGGAUACUUAAAACUGAAAGAAAUCAUGACAGAGAGCAAUGACAGACUGGAUAAGACAAAGAUGGUUCACAUGCCAGGACGGUUGUCUUUAAACUCCGUGUUCAAAGAAGUUCUGUUUGGCAAAGUCAUGUUUGGAUUCCUUCUCCUCGUAAACACCUGCAAAGGUCAGUCCCUGGAGACAAACCAGCCUCAGCUGGUGACAGCAAUGGUCGGUGAAGACGUUGUUUUACCGUGUCACCUGGGAGUUGCUGUGAACGUUGAUGAUUUGGUGCUGGAAUGGGGGAGACUGGACCUCAACCCCAGAUUGGUGUAUGUGUGGUUUGAAGGAAGUGAAUAUACAGAUGACCAAAACACGGCCUACAGGGGAAGAACGUCACUGUUCACAGACAGACUGAGAGAUGGAGAUGUUUCACUGAGACUCACGGGUGUAAGACACUCUGACAACGCAAGAUUUAGGUGCUACGAUCCAAAAGGGAUGAAAGAAUAUUUUAUUAACCUUCUAGUUGGGUCUGUCUCCUCACCUACUAUCAGUUUAGCAGGACGUGAUGGAAGCAUCUCUGGAGUGAUGCUGGACUGCAGCUCUGCUGGCUGGUUUCCAGAACCUGAAAUGUUCUGGCUGGACGGGGAGGGAAGCAUCAUGUCUGCUGGAGCUGCAGACAAAACCAGAAGUCCUGAUGGUCUCUACACUGUCAGCAGCAGAGUGACUGUGGAGAAGAGACACAACAACAACAUUACCUGCAGAGUCCAGCAGAAGGACAUCAACCAGACCAGAGAGACACACUUUUAUGUCCAAGAUGGUUCCUUCGUUCCUCAGCCUGACUGCAGUGUUUCUGUCAGUUUUACUGUGAUUCUGGCCUUCAUGGUUCCUCUUGGAGCUGCUGCUUUCUGCUGGAAAUGGAGACAAACUAAAACCUUGAUGAAGAAGCUAAAAGAAAAAGAGAACGGAGAGAAUCAGCAGCUCUUGAAAGUAGAAAUGCAGAAUUUGGCUGAGAAAAAGUCAAACCUUGAAGAGGAGAUAAAAAAGAGAGAUGAGGAUCAGAGAAGCAUUGAUCAGCAGAUUGAAGCAUUAAUGAUGAUGUCAGUAGAACUGAAGAAGCAGGAAAAACGUCUCACUGAUCAAAGAGAGGAGGCAGAGAAAAUGGCUGAAGAGAACGACAGGAAGCUUAAUAAAGUUGUUGAUGAAGUAGAAAACCAGAAGGUGAACAGGACAGAAAAGAAAGCACAAGGAUACUUAAAACUGAAAGAAAUCAUAACAGAGGGCAAUGACAGACUGGAUAAGACGAAGAACAGUCAUCAAGAGAUGGAACUGAUGACACAGAAACUAAUGAGUAGAAUUUCUGAUGAGGUCACCAAGCUGCAGGAGAGAAAACAGGAACUAGAGAAACAUGUAGAGAUAUUAUUAAAACAGCUGAAAGAAAUGGAGACACAGAUGUGA